UGCUUUAUUUAGUAACUCUCCAAUCAAUUUUUACGAGUAAAACAAAACGUGGACGGAUUCAUUAAGCCUGAAACACUGCAAGUUAACAGAUAUUGAAGAUGACAGACCUUUCAUCAAACAAAAGGAGGAAGAGGGGGCCUACAACCGUGAUCACAGAGGCCUCGCCAAAGUCUGCCAAGGUCAGCUUCCUCACUCCUACUCUACUGGUUAUGGAGGUCCCUUCUGACACCAACACCAGUCUGCCAGUGUGGGACGCCAUGCACUCCCAACAGGUGGACGUCGUCUGGACUGUGACACCAUACAGUAUCAAUGUUCGCAUCACGCCUCUCCUCUCCAAGUCAGGGCAGACUACUUGUACCAGCAAUACUCCUAUCUGCUCUUCUGGCAAAAGCAGCAGCACCACCAGGAUCAUCCAGACAUCAUCAGGCCCAUCCUCAGCCCUAAGCCCGACCCAAAUGAUCAUCCAACCUCUACCACAACAAAUGACCCCAACCAAAAGCACCCCCAGUGUGCUCCUCACCUUUCCUCAACCUGGAGCGGUCACCAUCUCGCCUCACAAGCCCCAGAAUAUGGCACCAGGCCCAGUCAAAACCACCUCUCUCAUCCUCCCCCUGCCUGUCAUCAUCACCCAGCCCCAGCCUGUCCACCAGCCUACCACCCCAGCCCAAACCCAAUCCGCUAGCACUAAUCAGUCCCCUGGUCCAUCCAAGACAGCAGUCAGUCUGCCAUUCCACACAAACACCUCCGGCAACAUCCAGAUCUGCGACCACUUUCUCACUUACUUCUGCUGGAUGGGGAGCAAGUGCAAGCAGCACCACACGCCAUACCCCUUCCACUGGCAGCUAUGGUGCGUCAACAGUCACCAGUGGGUAGACUUCACCCCGCACGCCCAGGUUAAACUAGAGAGGGCCUACUGCAAUGUAAACCGGGAAGAGAUUGGAGUCAAGGAAGGCACGGAUGUGUUCACCCUGCACUUUGACACCAUGACGUUAAUGGACGGGGAGAAAUACGAUCAGGUCAGAAGACUCCAGAACACCACCGACCCAACCAAGAACCCUCACCUCUACACCAGGUGGUGUUUCUUCUGGUGGAAUAACCUCAGCUGGACAAAGUACAAAGAUGAUGUGUCCAAGAUCCUUCUGGACAAGAUGGAUGCUGGGAAGCUGGAGUGUCGUUUCCACAUCUUAGAGGUGGAAUACAAGGUGGACUUCAUCAGUAGGAUCCAGACCAACGUCACCACAGGGUUUCAGCGGGCCAUCCGAUGCAGACCCUACUACCGUUCCCUUAAGUCUCUGAGAAAACAUUUGAGGACAGGUAUCCUGGCCGGCACAUCCACUGAGCCUUCCCCGGCUAACUUCAGUGUAGACCCCCUGGAGGAGUUCAGAACCUGGUACCCCCCAGUGUGGACCCCUAGCCCCGCCCCAGACCAGGACUACAGCAUGGUGGAGGUGCCAGCCAGCACCCAGGCCUUCCAGAAGGUCCACAGCCUCUUCCACAAGACCCUGUUAGAGACCCGGGUGGAGAUAGUCAGCAUCCACCAGAUCCAGAACGUCCUCCACUGGGACAAAUUCCAAAGGUACAAGGAGCACAUGCAGAAGCGCGGCGACACAAAGAAGGACGAGGCUCUGGAGAGGCACCUGUUUCACGGGACCGUCAGGGACUACAUCGAGGACAUCUGCCACAACAACUUCGACCCACGCGUCUCCGGAGUCAACGGGUUCACGUACGGCUACGGCUCCUACUUCGCCGGCAACGCCUCCUACUCCAACACAUUCGCUGCGGUGUCACCUGACACCGGGGUGCGUCACAUGUUCCUGGCCAAGGUGCUGGUGGGAAAGGUGAGCGUGGGCAAGCGCACAUACCGCCGGCCGCCACCAGUCAAAUCCACGAAGGAGGACUACAACCUGUACGACACCUGUGUGGACCAGCUGGUCAACCCCACCAUCUUUGUAGUUUUUGACCGGUGCCAGUGCUACCCCUACUACCUGAUCAAAUACAAAGACCUGAUAGUGGUGGACAUCAAUGAGUAGGUUUGCCCUGAGGGUGCUAGUGUUUCUGCCUGUGACCGUAACUGUUGUUGUUCACUGGAUGUUCAUUCCACACCAGACCGUCCUGCAGCACUUUGCAUUAAGAAUAGAUCAGUCAAAACUGUAUCAAACUAAAUGUUUAUGUGGAUCAAGUCCUAAGGAUAAUGUUCAAAGCCUUCCAAAGACUUGGAAUGUUUUUAGAAUAGAUGGGUUUUAUAAAGCUUUACAAUUACGUUUUUUACAGUAAGAUAGU